AUGUCAGAUUACAUUCCAAAUCAUUUGCUUGCAAAUGUACUUUUGAGGUUACCAUUUGAUUCUCUGCUACAAUCUAGGCGCGUUUCAAAAUCAUGGCGUGCUUUAAUUGAUAGCUCAGAUUUCAUCAAAAUACAUCUCAAUAAAGCCAACCAAGAAGCAAAUUCCCCCAGUGGGAUCAAAAUAAUUGGCCUAAACCAGAACAACUUUUACACUUUGGUUUUGGAUCUUGAAGCUGAUAGCUCCAGUAUUACCGCAAGUGCCAAACAGCUCAACGGCCCUUCGGAUUACUCUGGAAGUGAAGUUUGUUUGAAAGGCUCUUGCAAUGGACUUCUUUGUCUGAUGUAUCCAGACACAGACAAAAUUAUUUUUGGGAACCCAUGGAUUCAAAAGUCUUGGGAAUUACCCUCUUUCCCAAUUGAAUAUCACACCCGUGGUGGAGGAUUUGGUGCUGAUAUCUGGGUGAUGGAAGAUUAUGAAGUGGACAAAUCUUGGACCAAGUUAACUUCAGUUACAAUGCCUGGUUGGACAUUUUGGAGCUUGACGCCUCUAGCUUUAUCAAAGAACAAUAGGCAAUUACUUUUGCAGAUUGAUGGAGUAAAGCUUGUUCUUCAUGAUCUUGAAACAAAACGUAUUAGUGAUUUAGCCACUAGAGGUGAUGUAAGUUUUGUUCAAUCAUCAUGUACAUGUAUUGGAAGCCUUGUUACGCCUUUUGGAACAGAUUAG